UCUGUCGCAUAUCAUCUCCACUACUCUCUCUGUUUCCUAUCCCCUGCUCUCACACUCUCUUCUUCUUCUCCAAGAAAAGAAAUGACAAACCAGAAUGUGGUAUCUGCCGACGACAAACCACGUGUCGACAUAAGAAUCAGAGUUCUCUUACCCAAAUCUCUGUUCCCACCAACUGAUCAUAUGAUGAAUCCGCACCCAUCCCCUAAUUCUCCUAAACUUUCAAGAAAGCCCCUCAUAUUACCAGAGCCUAAACCUAAUUCUUGGAUUGAUUCCAUGAGAGAUUCUUCGCCCACCCGUGUUAAAUCCACUUUAACUGAAGCAGAGGAGAAAAAUUCUUGGAUUGUUAGUCAUCCAUCAGCUUUGAACAUGUUUGAGGAAAUAGUGAAUGCAUCAAAAGGAAAACAGAUUGUUAUGUUUCUUGAUUAUGACGGUACACUUUCUCCCAUUGUUGAAGACCCUGAUCGAGCAUUCAUGACUAAUGAAAUGAGAGACGCGGUUAGAGACUCUGCUAGGUAUUUUCCUACUGCAAUAGUUACUGGAAGGUGUAGAGACAAGGUCUACAGUUUUGUGAAAUUAGCAGGGCUUUACUAUGCUGGUAGCCAUGGCAUGGACAUAAAGGGGCCAUCACCUAGAACUCGCAAAUACAAAAAGAACAACCAGUCUGUACUAUUUCAACCUGCCAGUCAAUUUUUGCCUAUGAUUGAUGAGGUGUACAAAGUUCUGAUAGAGAAAACAAAAUGUAUCCCUGGAGCUGCAGUGGAAAAUAACAAAUUUUGUUUAUCCGUGCAUUUCAGACGUGUUGACGAAAAGAUGUGGGCUUCAUUAAUUGAAGAAGUAAGAUCUGUAAUGAACGAUUAUCCAAAGCUUAAACUAACUCAAGGGAGGAAGGUUUUAGAGAUCCGACCAACUAUUAAAUGGGACAAGGGCAAAGCUCUUGAAUUCUUGUUAGAAUCACUUGGAUAUGCCAACUCUAAUGAUGUUUUACCUGUCUAUAUUGGGGACGAUCGCACCGACGAGGAUGCAUUCAAGGUUUUACGCGACAGGGGACAAGGGUUUGGGAUUUUAGUGUCUAAAUUUCCAAGGGAAACAAAUGCCUCUUAUUCUUUGCAAGAGCCAGCUGAGGUUAAAGACUUCUUGCGGCGUUUGGUAGAGUGGAAGAAAAAUAGUUUGCGAGGAGAAGCAAUGUAGGGUUUAAAAGUUAACAAGAGAUUAAUUAUGUUAAAUUCCUCUAUAUUAACGAAAUAUGAUGUAUUUUUCUUGUUUAGAUAUUGUAAAAUUAAUUAAUGAUAAUCAAAAGAAAUGGAAUACAAGCAUUCCAUAAUUUUCGAUUAUUA